CAAUCUAUGGAUCUGCGACGAUGUGGAUCGCGGUUUGGUUACUUUUGGCUUCGUGGCUGCUAAGCGGUACAGUGGCCGAGGCUGGCCCGGACUAUGCAGCACAUAUUCUGGAACAUGUACGCCCACAAGCUCCGACAGAGGUUCAACGUAAGGCGGCGCUGGAGGUGAUCGCUAGAACGAUUGGACCGGAGCAAGCAGAACAAUUUACCGUACAAAUCAACAGCUCACUGGAACGGAACUCAUUUCACAUCCUGAAAGAAUCCGAAGCGACGCCUGUAGAAAUCAUUGCUUCGAGCGGUGUGGCCGCAACGAAGGCGUUCUACCAUUACCUUAAAUACUUUUGCCACUGUUUGGUGGCAUGGGAGGGUUCCCAGUUGGAGCUUCCAUCACCGUUACCGAUCGUGAACGUCACCGUCAUCGCACCAAGCAGCUUCGUAUACUACCAGAACGUCUGCACCUGGUCCUACUCGUUCACCUGGUGGCGAUGGAGCCAAUGGCGAUCACACAUCGAUUGGAUGGCACUGCAAGGCAUCACGCUCAGCCUAGCACCCUUCCAGGAGGACGUCUGGACGGAGCUGUACCUCGAGUACAACCUCACGUUACCGCAGAUCGAAAACCAUCUCUCGGGACCAGGAUUUUUCGCCUGGCAGCGUAUGGGUAACGUCCGGGGAUGGGGUGGCCCAUUGACCAAGAGCUUCGCACAGUUCAACAGCAACCUGCAGCAGCGGAUAGUGAAGGAAAUGCGUCGGCUGGGCAUGGUGUUGGCAUUGCCAGCCUUUGCUGGCCAUCUACCGGUACCAUUCGCUGCGCUUUACCCCAACAUCACCUUCACGAACGUCUCGGUGUGGAACAACUUCCCGGCACAGUACGCCAGCCCAUUGUUUCUCGAUCCAACGGAGCCCCUGUUCGGUGAGAUUGGUUCACGGUUUCUGGAGCGUAUGAUCGAGCGCUACGGUACGGAUCAUAUCUACUUUGCCGAUCCGUUCAACGAGAUCGAUCCGGUUUCGUCCGGUGGCCGCUACCUGCAAGCGGUUGCCUCCUCGAUCUACGGUGCAAUUGCGGCCAUCGAUCCGGCGGCCGUCUGGCUGCUGCAGGGCUGGAUGUUUGUGAAGAACCCGUUCUGGAGUGAUCGUGCCAUCAACUCGUUCCUAACGGCCGUCCCGAUCGGACGGUUAUUGGUGUUGGAUCUACAAUCGGAACAGUUCCCCCAGUACGCGCGCACCGGUUCGUAUGCCGGUCAACCGUUCAUCUGGUGUAUGCUGAGUAAUUUCGGUGGUACCCUCGGGAUGCUCGGUUCGGUAGAGAACGUUUACCGUGGUGUGCGGGAAGCGAGAGCCAGCAAUGGAUCAUACACGAUGCUCGGCACGGGCAUCACACCGGAGGGGAUCAACCAGAACUAUGGAGUGUACGAGUUUGCCCUCGAGAUGGGUUGGUACGAUGGCGAGACGGCAAUAACGGGGACGGAGCAGUGGUUUAACGACUACUCCGUGGCACGUUACGGUACUCGAACGGCCGGUUCGGCGGCCCAGCGUGCUUGGAAUGUGUUCCGCAGUACCGUGUACAACUACGUGGGACUUGAGCGGAUGCACGGCAAGUACACCUUCAACCGACGGCCAACCUCAAAGAUCAACCCAUGGAUUUGGUACAACGAGACCGCCUUCAAUGAGGGCCUCGAGUUGCUGCUCUCGUUUGCGGACACAGGCGCCAGCUGUAACGCACUCUGCCAGUACGAUGUCGUUGAUGUGACCAGACAGUUUGCCCAAAACGUGGCCGACCGGCUCUACCUAGCGUUCAUGGAUGAUUACAAGCGGCGCAGGUACGCGGACUUUCGGCAACAUACCAAACAGUUCCUAACUCUGCUCACCGAGCUCGAUCAACUCCUGCUGACGGAGGAACACUUUCUGCUAGGACGUUGGCUUGCAGCGGCCAGAUCGUUCGGUGAUACGGCGCUCGAGCGGCAAAAGUACGAGUACAAUGCACGCAUUCAGCUCACCCUUUGGGGACCCCAGGGUCAGAUCGUGGACUACGCCAACAAGCAGUGGGCCGGUAUGGUGGCCGAUUUCUUUCUACCCCGCUGGCAACUGUUCCUGGGUGAGCUGGACCUAGCGCUCGCUACCAAUGGGACGAUCAACGAUACCAAGAUACGGGACCAGGUGUUCCGUAACGUUGAGCUACCAUUCACCACGGACAACAAACGUUAUGCUACGGUCGUGUCCGGCGAGGAUCCAGUGCGGCUGGCCCGCUCGUUCUACGAUAAAUGGUCCCGCGCUGUAGCCAGGUUGAGGGAGCUACCGACGGUGGCCCCUCAACGGGCGCAUCGCACGAAAAAGCGUAGUCGAUGGUUUUCUUGACGGGCCUCGUAGACGUAGUCGAUGGUUUUCUAGUAGGCAACGAACUCUAGUAGAUGUCUUUGCGGUUCGGAAACGCACUACGAUAAAUGAUAUUUACACAUUGUGAA